AUGUCGACAGUCACAAGCUCACACUCAGUGGACCAUUCCCAGAGCCAUCCAGUGGGCGAUUUUGGCUCGCUACAGGGAAAGGCUCAAGCAGGAGAUGCGAGAUUCAGCACGUACACUACCGCCGGGCAAACCAGCACACUCUACUCACAAGGCCCUGGGUCGCCAAUGUCUCCUCGACGCUUUAGGGACUCGGUGCACCUUAUUGAACCAUCCAAUCGCCGACCACCGCAACGAUUCGACCCGUUGAUUAUGAAGCUGCCCGUCGUCCUCGCCUCGCCCUUAUCGAUGUUUAUUUUGGGUGUCGGUUUGGAAGUCCUCGCCUCGUUGUCGAAGGCCCAAGGCGGUUUCCGGCUUCCUGGCGUUAGAAUAUCAACAGUGUUUGGAGACGUGUCUACGCAAUUCUUGGCUUCCUUCCUCCCGACAUUAAUCAUCAUUCCGAAUGCUAUCCUAUGGCGGGAACUGGAUUGGAUGUUGCGGUCAUAUCAACCUUUCGUCGUGCUAUCUCAAGGUGGCGCCAAGGCUGAAGAAACGAUUCUCCUGGAUUACAUUGAAUUGGGCCCACUUCUUGCGAUUCCCCGCGCCAUGAAGUACAAACAUAGGAUCAUACUCUUAUCCUCAUUAACUGCGGUCUUCACCUACCUCUUCCAACCCCUGACUGGUUCCAUCUUUCAAGUGCGACAGACACCAGAAACACGCUCAUGGGAUACAACCCGCUCGGAAACCAUCGGCCUCUCGCCUGAGAUUGGAAACUUGCAAGGCUUUCUGGCUGCCGCUGGUUAUGUCGAUGCUCAUGUUACGCACGACCUGGAGGAACCCGAGUUCAUUAGGAGCAUCACGGGUUGGGCAACUGGCAAAUUCGACUUUCCCCAAGAGCCUGGCCUGAACGCAACAGUCUCGGCAGUAACUAAUGGAAUCCGUACCAACGUAAACUGCGAUAACCCGGCUGAACCCCCGGUCGUGACUAGAAGCGCCAGUCGUGUCACCCUUGCCUCGCGAUCGCUUCAGGGCUGCAGCCACACCACAACAUUCAACGUCACUGCCGAUUCAGACAUCUUCUACGGGGUGGAUGCAGUCGUCUGCCCUGACAGCCCAAGCGACAUGAUCAUCGAGCACCGACCGGUCAUGUUUUGGUUCUACCGCACAGUGGACGGCGGGGUCGGAGAUGCAAGAACUGUAUUCUGCGCACCUAAUCUCGAGGGCUCGGAGGUCGAAGUUGUCGCCUCGGUCGAUACAGGAAGAAUCCUCGCCCUAAACAGGUUAUCCGACCAAGUCCCCUUCAACGAUGUUUUGAAUGGGGAUAACGCCGGGAAAGCAAUGAACGGAGUUGUCUUUGCCGAAAGCGACAACUCGUUUAUUCAGACACGAGCCAUUGCCACGAAUUUGCUGGUUCCUAGCGCAAUACUGCGCCACAUCGACAAACAAGAAGGUGGUCGUGACGCUGUGUUUGCUAGACCCAACGGUGUUCUGGAUUCAACCGUCGAAGUUUAUCGGCUCCACCUCACCAUGGCAUCGAAGACAAACUAUUUCGUGCCCGGGGAAGUCACACUCAAUGGACAAGUUGUUGAGAUUGUACCACGGCUAUGGGUGGAUCCCUUCCCCGCCCACUUCCUGGCUGCACUUCUGAUACUGACGGGCUUUAUUGGCAUCUUCCUCCAUGUAAUCAACCGAAAGCAACGCAAGAAGGUCCACCUAGCCUGCGUGCCUGGUACGAUCGCAGGAACAGUCUCCCUGGCAUCCCAUUCUGGCUGGCCUCAGCUUCUCACUCCCUACGACAACCUCUACGACAUGGAGCAGAAACUUAGCAGUCUACGGUUCUCUCUCGAUAAACGCACAGGCGCUAUCAUUGCUGACGAUGACGGGUCGAGCACGCCUGACGAAAGAAGCCAAGACGCAGAAGUGCGAAUGUCGCUGAUGAACACCAAGAUCGAGGUUUCGCCGAACCCAGAGUCCUCGUCCUUUGCUGCAUUCCAAACCGCGGCGGGAGUGGAACCUUGGAAAGAAAAAAACAAGUGGAAGUUGUUUAGGAAGAGGGAUAGCAGUGGCAGUAGUUAAGUCUCUGCUUCCGUCGUACCUCUUCGCCUUCCUCUUUCGUAUUCCGCACAGCAUUUUUCACAGUUUCACGCAUUCAACAUAGACUUUGUAAUCAGUUCUGUAUUCCUUGACGACUUUGACGACCAUUCAGCCCCAACACCAGACCUGUCUUUUAGGCGAACACAACGUAGGCUACCUAAUUUAUACCCAUCGACUUCUCG